AUGCCUGACUUAUUUGACAACUUUAUUGGCAAGAUGUCCUCUAGAGUCAACGGGGGUAAGUCUCGUCCUCGUUACGGGAUGAACAAUCAAGUGAAUGCUGGUCGCCACUACAACUACCACUCUUCUGCCACCAACAACACCUACUGGAUGGCAGCUGCCAAGAAGGAAGAAGAAGCGCCUACGCCUAAGAUCGAAUUCGCUGGUGGUGAUGAACAGGAUCACUGGAAGCCUCGCAAGCAGCUGGUGGCCUCAUUGAUCUCGCAACCGGAGGCCGCCCGUUCCAGAUUCGGCCUGGUGAGCAGCGCUGAAGAGUAA